AGCAACAAUUACACAACAGUGAGCCCAUUUUUAACAACUCCGAACAGUACAACAGUGUACAAUUCAAUUACAUCUGGCAACAAUGACAGAGAAACUGACAACAAUUACAACACAACUACAACCAACAUUUCUUCUACAACAGUGUAUAAUACAGCUGUGUCCAACAACAAUUAUACAACAGCGUACAAUGCAACUAUGUCAGACAACAAUUACAACACAACUACAGCCAUCAAUAAUUCUACAACAUUGUACAAUACAGAUAUGUCAAGCAAUAAUCUUACAACAGCGUACAAUGCAGCUACAGUCAGAAACAAUUAUACAACAGUCAACAGUGCAACAACAACUGAUGACAAUUACACAACAUACAAUACAACUAUAGCUGCCGACAGUUAUCCAACAGUAUACACUCAAACUACAACAAGCAAAAAUGACACUACAGUGUAUAAUACAACUAUAGAUGGUAGCAAUUACACAACAAUGUACAGUGAAACCACGGCUGGUAACAGUUACAUAGAAACUGGCAAUAUUUACAAUACAACAACUGCAAACAACAAUUACACAACAGUGAGCCCAUUUCUAACAACUUUGAACAACACAUCACUGUACAAUUCAUUUACUUCUGGCAAUAAUGACAGACAAACUAGCAACAGUUAUAAUACAACUACAGCCAACAAUAAUUCUACAGCCAGCAACAUUUACGCAACAACCUACAAUUCAGCUAUGUCAGACAACAAUUACAACACAACUACAGCCAGCAAUAAUUCUACAACAUUGUACAAUACAGCUAUGUCCAGCAAUAAUUUUACAACAGCGUACAAUGCAACUACAGUCAGAAACAAUGACAGACAACCUGGCAACAGCUACAACGCAACCACAGCCAACAAUAAUUCUACAACAGUUCACAGUGCUACUAUAGAGAGAAACAAUUAUACAACAGUCGAUGGCACAACCACAGCUGGUAACAAUUACAUAAUCCCACAAAAUACAACUUCAGGUAGCAAUAAUUAUACAACUACAGGUGGGCACAGUUACACAAAGGUUUACGAUGCAACCACAGUGAACAACAAUGACACAGUAGUUCAUAAUGCCACUACAUCUGGGACCAAUUUGAAUGAAAAUACAACUAACCAAAAUUACACAACACUUAAUUAUGCAACUACACCUGGCAGUAAUUCCACAUUAGUGUCCACCAACUUUAGUACAGCUACAACUAUCAAUAGUUCCACAGCAACUACACCUGGUAAUAAUUAUACAGCAAUGUAUAAUGCAUCCACAGCUGUCAUCAAUUACACAGUAGUGUAUAAUGCAAUUACAUCUGGCAACAAUUUUAAUGUAACUGCAACUAACAACAACUACACAAUAGUUUAUAAUGCAACUGGAUCUGGUAGUAAUUACACCCUUGUGUAUGCUGCAACCACAGCUGACAACAAUUACACAGCAAUGUACAAUGUAACAACAGCUGGCACAACUUUACACAAUGGUGUGGCGACAACCGGUAACACAACAGUUAGUACAACAACAAUAUCUCCCAACUACACAAUGAUAAAGAGCACAACUACAGCCUCUAACAAUUACACAACACCAGUGAUCAUUACUCCGACUAUUCUAUCUCAAAAUAAAACAACUGCAAUUAUUGGAACCACAGAGAAAAGCACAACUGCUGCAGUGUCUCACAGUACUAAACCUACUUCAGCUCCACUGAAGAACCAGACUGCAAAUUUCACCACAGUGAGUUUGACUCAUGUCACAACAAUAAGCAAAAAUGAAACCAUGUCCACCACAGCUGCCAGCACCGUCCAAACAGAUGACAGACCAGAGGCCGGUUUAACGACAACAACGACAACAACGACAACAAUAACAGAAAAUGCAUCUGUUGUUAUUAUCUCACCCGCAACCACUGCAACUACUAUAACAGGUCAUGGUCCACAAGAUUUAAAUGGCACAACUGCUGAGGUUUCUUUGACUUAUACAACACCGCUCACCAAAACUACUACAACCACCACAGUGGCUGAGAACACAGGAACUUCCACAACUGAUGUACAAACAACUGAUGAAGCAGUCUACCUGUUGAAUCAAACACAGGCUGUAUCUCUGCUCAACGCCUCUCAAGUGUCAGUGUUGGUUGAGACGCUGGAGAAGCAUCUGGACAGUCCCUCUGUUUCACCAUCAGUGGUAAUCAAAGUUGUCAGUAACUUGAUGGACAGUAACCCCGAGGCACUCUCUAAAUCUGCAAACAGGCUGAUUCACUUGGUGGAUGAUCUGGGUGUUAAACUGGCUGUCACUGGUGGCGAUGGAAUUCUGUCAACCAGUUCCUUAGUUGUUGCUGUGAAAACAGUGAAUGGGAGCAACUUCACAACAAUCCUUUUUGAUGUUUUUAACACUGAUCAUGUCCAGUUCAGUGGCCCAAAAAGGACCAUGAAAAGCUCAGAGCCUGCUUUGGCGUCUGUAUACUUGCCUGCCUCCCUCACAUCUGGUAUCAGCCCUGAAGAGCAGAAGCAGGCCAACAGCGUCCAGUUUACUUUCUAUGCAAAAAAUUCCUUCUUUAAGGAUCCAUCAUUAGAUAACAAAACUCUUGUCAGCGCAGUUCUAGGCUCAAGUGUGGCUAAUCUGUCAAUUAGCAACCUGAGUGAAAACAUUAAGUUCACCAUCCGAAACAGAAACCCGGUUCAUGAAAACUACACAGCCAAAUGUGCAUUUUGGGAUUUCACGCUGAAUAGUGGUGGAGGAGGCUGGAGCUCUGUUGGCUGCUUUGUGGUCAACAGCACCCCUGAAUAUACAAUCUGCAGCUGCAGCCAUCUUACAUCCUUUGCAGUACUGCUGGAUUUGUCCAGACAGGAACUUCCUGACCAGAAGAACACACAAAUUCUUACUUUCAUCACCUACAUUGGUUGUGGAAUCUCUGCUAUUUUUCUUGCUAUCACAUUGCUGACGUAUCUUUCUUUUCCAAAAUUGCUAAGGGAUAUACCAGCCAAGAUCUUGGUCCAACUCUGUUUAUCUCUGCUCUUCCUGAACUUGGUGUUCCUGCUGGACAGCUGGCUGGCGAGCCACAACAAUACAGGCCUCUGUAUUUGUACUGCCUUCUUCCUGCAUUACUUCCUGCUGACAUCAUUUACAUGGGCGGGGCUUGAGGCCCUGCAUAUGUAUCUCAGCAUUGUGCGAGUUUUUACACCCUACCUGAGCCAGUACAUGCUGAAGUUCACUUUGACGGGUUGGGGUAUUCCUCUUGUCAUUGUAAUUAUUGUGAUAUCCGUGGACAAAAACAACUAUGGUUUGAUUAAUUAUGGAAAACACACAAAUGACACUUCAGAUAACUUCUGCUGGCUGAGUAAUAACAUAGCCUUCUAUGUGAGUGUGGUGGCCUAUUUCCUCCUGAUCUUUAUCCUGUGCCUGCUGGCCUUCAUCGUUGUUAUGGGACAGCUUUCACGUAUCAAGAAGCAGAACCCCCACAACCAGUCUCCCAAAAGAAGUGUUAUGACUGAUCUGCGCAGUGUCACCGGCCUCGUCAUCAUCCUCGGCCUUACCUGGGGGUUUGCUCUGUUUGCAUGGGGACCCCUCUACUUACCCUUUGUUUACCUUUUUUCUAUAUUCAACUCUCUGCAAGGUUUCUUUGUCUUUGUUUUCCACUGCGCCAUAAAAGAGAAUGUCCGCAGGCAGUGGAGAACUUACCUUUGCUGUGGAAAACUGCGACUGGCUGAGAACUCAGAUUGGAGUCGAACAUUCACACAAAACAAGAAGAAUAUCUCUCGCUCCAGUGCAAUCACCUUGGAUCCAAAGUUCACUUCUCGAAGCUCCUCUGUUGUCAGUUAUGGCACCAAUAGCAGUGGCUCUGUGUUCGCGGACAGCGGGAUAUCUGACAGCUCCAACAAUGAUGUCGUCCUCAAUGAGAUUCACAGAGGAGAUCUAAAACAAGGCAAAACUACCAAAUGACUCUACCUGAGCUUUCUUUUGUGAUUACAGCCAAUUCCAAGAAAUGAUCUCUGGGAGUUUACAAGAUGCAAAUUGGAGGAGUAGUUUUCCUUAAGAAAGCCUUAAUGUUCCAAAAAAAUGAAGGUUCGAUGAAGGACUAAAGAGGAUCAGGGACAAAGGAAACCUUUGUCUAAAUACCUUUAGAGAAGAAGAAAUCAAAAAGUGGAGAAUGUUUUCAAUUCUACACUAAUAGUAUAGAUAAUGAAAGAGUCUUGUUAGCAGAGAUAAGGUGUACUACUGAAACUGAAACAUUAUAUUGAACUGCAUUUACUUGGUAGCCGAGAACAGAUGCUGUCAGUAUUGUAUAGAUUAUUAUCUGGCUAUUUCUUUGAGGCUAUAUUCAUUUCUUGAACAGACAAAUGACAGAAUUUCCAGUCUUAACUCUACAUUUCAGUGCCUUUGCCAAAUUCUAAGUUUAUUUUGGCAGUGUCAAAUGGCACUUUGGGAUGUAUUUAGCUACCUACAGAGACAAGGUUGAUUGAUGCAAAAUGUGCACAUGCCAAACUCAACUGCUUGAUCAUAUCUGAUAAAAGUUGAUAUCUGCAAGAUUAUCUAAGGGUGCAGUUCUGUGUUAAAUAUUGUAUUAUUCACUGCAUUAUAGAGGUUUUUUUUAAAAAUUUGGUUCAGACAUGCUUCUUAUGAAAAAGAAAAAAGAUUUGAAAUAUUUUCAUGUGGCGAACUGAAGCACAAUCAAAAUAUGGGAUUUAUGUCCUGUCCUUUUUAACAAGGACACAUUUUGCUAAAUGUCCUUGGAAGGCCAUUUGCAUGCCAUGAAAGAUGAAAUAAAAAAGAAAAAACUAACUUCAACUUGUCACCUGCCCAGCUGCUCUCUCUCUUUUUGCAUCAGACUUUCACAUCUACUCCACAUCUUUACAUCUUUAAUCAAACCCUUUCAACAGGAGGGGGAAAAAAACUACAAUUAUGAUCCCAGCAGACAACCCUCUCAUCACCGUGUUGAGUAACCUUCAGCAGAGCAUCUCACGCCCACCCAGCGCCAGUUCAAUUGCAGCCUGUCAAGGUUAGCCUCAGAGGUCGGCACCAGUUAGCUAUUAAAAGUUUUACAUGAUUUCCAACCUCAGAACAGGGCGACCUCUAAUGUUAAGCCCAUGAGUGAGAGAUGCUGGGAGAAAAAUGAAGAGCUGGAGGCACAGAUGUUACACUGAUGAGCAUGAAUACCAUAAAUUAAAUUUAAUCCUGAAUGCCCAAUGCCAAUCAAUCCUAAUUCUGCUUGAAAUCAUAAUCACUGUUUUUUUGUAAACCAAAUGUUUUGUUUACCAGCGUCUUCAAAAUGCCUUCUAGUUAGAGUCAUUUUAAGUUCACUCAAAAUUUUAAGGGCAUAUACUGAUGCAGUUUAAACGGUCUUUAUUUGUGCUAUUGACAGUCAGGUUAUGCAAUGCCAUUAUACCUUAUCACCUUUGUUUUACCUUUUUAUGUUUUCAUUUUUGACUUUGUGACUCCACUGCGGUCUUAAAGAUCCUUGAUGUCAUGUCUUUUGUCUCUGUUCAACCCUCACAUGCAGAAAACUCCAAAUUGGAGCUCAGGAGUUAAUGCUUCCCGGUCCACAUGGAUUGAGGCUAAAAAGGCUGUCACGCCAGGUGCCAUACUUUAUUGCCAAACAAAAUGUGUAUGAAUUUGUGCACAUAUAAAUCAUUAAAUAAAUAAAACGGUUUAUAUUUAUAUAUUUUCUGUAUUAAUGGCAUUUGUAAUUGCUAAUGGUAAUGUAGUCAUGGUACCAUUUGGGUACUUGGUAAGAUUUGUCUUAUGGUACAAAGCUAUCUUAGUAUCGUAGUUUCAAUAAUUAUUCGCAUAUUGUGGUGUAAAGCACUUUUAUUAAGGCUUAUGAACCCUGGCUAUAAUGAAUAAAAGUCAAAACUAAUAGGGUGUGUGUUCUCACAAUGUUCUACAGAGAAUAAAGUUUUUAUUUUAAAGCACUUCUAUAGAUGGGCAAAUUUCAGCUUCAGUACAUUUCAUUAAAUCAUAUCUGUUUAUGUAUCGUUUUCUAUACACCCACUUGUGCUCUUCAGCCUCAGGCAGAAAAGUUUGCAUUGACAGUAUUAAAUGUAAAUAAAGACAAAUCAAAAUCAGUUGGUGUUAAGAGUCAUUCAAGUAUCUUCUGGGAGCUCGUUUUCCAUAAAAACUCUUCAAGUGCCACCAUCUUCCACCAGAUGUCAGUAUAAUCCCAUCACUUUGCACUACCUUUAACUCUGAUAUGAUGAUGGCCUGUUGGCAAGUGUGCAGUUUUAUUACAGCUAUUUGGCAGGUUAUUAUUACCGAGGCAAAUCUUAAUUAUAGCUUCUAAGUGAAAUAAAAAUCCCCCAGCUUUAACCAGGAUAAUAUUACAGUUAUAAUCCUGUUACAACCACUAUAAAACAAUACAAUUUCUGAAUGACAAAAAUUCAGAAAGGACUUCCAAGAAC